UUUACUGGACCGACUGGUGCUCACUUGACUUCUUCUAUUUUCUCUUCGUUCUUCUUUAUUGUUCUUAUUUCUAAGAUUACUAAUCACUUGCGAGGCCGAAUAUUUUUCACCCUUGCAACAUUUAUUGAAAACAUCAUUUUGUGACGCUGAAUGAUGCUCAUGAGCAUAGAGAAAGAAAAGAAGCCGAGCUGCUCUGAAGAACUGAUCAUCUCAAACAUCAUGGAGUUCUCACUGGCUCAUCCGGCUGUGAAAGCCUUCAUGUGCGGCUCUCUGAGCGGGACGUGCUCCACGCUGCUCUUCCAGCCUCUGGACCUGGUGAAAACACGUCUGCAGACCCUACAGAACGGCGUCCAGCUCGGGUCGGGUCGGGUCGGCAUGGUCACAGUGUUUGUGAGUGUCCUGCGCACAGAGAAGCUCCUCGGACUGUGGAGAGGCGUUUCGCCUUCGUUUGUGCGCUGCAUUCCAGGAGUCGGCAUCUACUUCAGCACGUAUUUCACUCUAAAGCAGCGUUUUUUUGCCGACGGGGCCCCGGGGCCCUUACAGGCCGCACUGCUGGGAACCGGAGCCAGAUGUGUUGCGGGCGUCUGCAUGCUGCCCGUCACCGUCAUCAAAACACGAUUUGAGAGCGGCCGCUAUAAGUACAGCAGUGUGUUCGGAGCGCUGCAGUGUGUGUGUCGGACGGAGGGGCCGAAGGCUUUGUUUUCAGGUCUGACUGCCACGCUGCUCAGAGAUGCGCCAUUCUCUGGGAUAUACGUCAUGAUCUACAGCCAGGCCAAAUACACGCUGCCACAAGAGAUCAGUCAGUCGUCUUACGCUCCGUUAGCAAACUUCAGCUGCGGGGUUCUGGCUGGCAUCCUGGCCUCCAUUGUAACCCAGCCAGCAGAUGUGGUGAAAACUCACAUUCAAGUGAGUCCAGACGUCUUCAGCAGGACAUCAGAUGUGGUGCAAUUCAUUUACAAGGAGCACGGGUUGGUGGGGUUUUUCCGUGGCGCGGUUCCUCGCUCGCUCAGGAGAACCAUGAUGGCGGCGAUGGCGUGGACGGUGUACGACCCGAUUGGAAGAGAAUCUACAGCUGUCCUCAGUGCAGACAGACCUUCAGUCCGAGACCAGUUUUAA